AUGUCUGACGAAGAAAGAGCGGUGGGAUCGGGGGAGGACGAGACGAUGUUGGAGGAGGAGUUCACGGUUUGGAAGAAGAACACGCCUUUUUUGUACGAUUUGGUCAUCUCUCACUCCUUGGAGUGGCCAUCUCUCACUGUUCAGUGGCUUCCCUCUCAGCCGUCUCUCAACGCCGCCGACGCCGAAUCUGUCCAUAAGCUCGUCCUGGGGACCCACACCGCCGACGAAUGCCCUAAUUUCCUCAUGCUUGCUGAUGUCCACCUCCCUAGUGACCCUGUGUCAGCGCUUGAGCCCAACUCGGAGGAUGUGAUUCCCAAGGUGGAGAUUGUACAGAAGGUGCAUGUUGAUGGGGAGGUAAACAGGGCAAGGUGUGUUCCACAAAACCCUUCUAUUAUUGCUGCCAAGACUAGCAGCAGCGAAGUAUAUGUAUUUAACUUUGCGAACCAGCUCGGAAAUGAAGGGGAGGGGUCCUGUAAUCCUGACUUGAGGCUCAAAGGACAUGACAAAGAAGGGUAUGGGCUGUCAUGGAGUCCUUUCAAAGAGGGGUAUCUCUUGAGUGGCUCAAAUGAUUGUAAAAUUUGUUUGUGGGAUAUUUCCACAAUGCCCAGCAGCAAGGUGCUUGAUGCAACUCACAUUUAUCAGGAACAUGAAAGUUUGGUUGAGGAUGUUUCUUGGCACUUGAAGAAUGCAAAUUUAUUUGGUUCUGUGGGAGAUGAUUGCCGAUUGAUAAUCUGGGAUUUGAGGACAAACAAGCCCCAGUACUCUGGUAAAGUGCAUGACAAAGAGGUGAAUUAUUUGUCCUUCAAUCCUUUCAAUGAGUGGGUUGUGGCAACAGCAUCAUCCGAUUCUACUGUUGGUCUGUUUGAUAUGCGGAAGCUUAGCUCUCCAUUGCAUGCUUUGAGCAGUCACACAGAAGAGGUUUUCCAAGUAGAGUGGGAUCCUAACCAUGAAACAGUCCUGGCAUCAUCAGCUGGUGACAGAAGAUUAAUGGUGUGGGACUUGAACAAGGUUGGGGAUGAGCAGUUGGAAGGAGAAGCAGAAGAUGGGCCUUCUGAGCUUCUCUUUUCUCAUGGAGGCCACAAAGCAAAGAUAUCGGAUUUCUCCUGGAACAAAAAUGAACCCUGGGUCAUAUCAAGCGUGGCAGAAGACAACGCUCUUCAGGUCUGGCAAAUGGCUGAGAGCAUUUACAGAGAGGACUAUGAUUAA